CACCCCGAACUCCGAUCGAGGCGAUGCCCCCCACACCACACGUCCGCGACCGCGACGCCGCGACGCUACCGCCAGCAUCACCACCACUACCCGGCCAUGGCCACGCUGCUCCCCUCGUUUCCGCACGCCCUCUCCAAGCCCCGCCACCUCCACCACCACCACUCCCACGUCGCCGCCGCCUCCGCCAGGCCCGAGGCCCCCAGCCCCGCCUCCGCCUCCGCCUCCGCGGCGCCCGCCAGCUCCCGCCUCCGCCGCCUCAUCGCGCGCGACGACCUCGCCGAGGCCGCGCGCCUCGUCGAGACCUCCACCUCCCGCGGCGAGGCGCCCGACGUCUACCUCUGCACCAAGCUCAUCCGCAACCUCUGCCGCCGCGGCCGCACCUCCGACGCCGCGCGCGUCCUCCGCACCGCCGAGGCCUCCGGCGCCCCCGUCGACGUCUUCGCCUACAACACCCUCGUCGCCGGCUACUGCCGCUACGGCCGCCUCGACGCCGCGCGCCGCCUCAUCGCCGCAAUGCCCGUCCCGCCCGACGCCUACACGUACACGCCCAUCAUCCGGGGCCUCUGCGACCGCGGCAGGGUCGGCGACGCGCUCGCCCUGCUCGACGAUAUGCUCCGGCGCGGCUGCCAGCCCAGCGUCGUCACCUACACCGUCCUCCUCGAGGCCGUCUGCAAGAGCAGCGGCUUCGGGGAGGCCAUGAACGUCCUCGACGAGAUGCGCGCCAAGGGCUGCACGCCCAACAUUGUCACCUACAACGUCAUCAUCAACGGCAUGUGCAGGGAGGGCCGCGUCGACGAUGCCAGGGAGAUCUUGAACCGGCUGUCGUCUUAUGGGUUCCAGCCCGACAUCGUCAGUUACACCACCGUGCUCAAGGGCUUGUGUGCCGCUAGGCGGUGGGACGACGUCAAGGUGCUCUUUGCUGAGAUGGUGGAGAAGAACUGCGUGCCCAAUGAUGUUACCUUUGACAUGCUAGUCAGAUUCUUCUGUCGCGGGGGUAUGGUGGAGAGGGCGAUCGAAGUUCUUCAGCAAAUGUCACAGCAUGGAUGCACACCCAACACUACCUUGUGCAACAUUGUCAUAAACGCUAUGUGUAAACAAGGUCGUGUGGAUGAUGCCUAUGACUUCUUGAACAACAUGGGCAUGUAUGGGUGCAAUCCUGAUACCAUUAGCUAUACUACUGUGCUAAGGGGCUUGUGUCGUGACGGCCGAUGGGAGCAUGCCAAGGAGCUAUUGCCCGAGAUGGUCCGAAAGAACUGCCCCCCAAAUGAGGUCACAUUCAAUACAUUCAUCUGUAUCUUGUGCCAGAAAGGAUUGAUUGAGCAAGCUAUCAAGCUUAUUCAACUGAUGCCGGAGUAUGGAUGUUCAGUGGGUAUUGUCACAUACAACGCUCUUGUCCAUGGCUUCUGUGUGCAAGGGCGUGUUGAUAGUGCUCUUGAGUUGUUUAACAAUCUUCCAUGUGAGCCCAACACCAUUACAUACACUACGUUGUUGACAGGCUUGUGCCAUACCGAGCAGCUGGAUGCUGCUGCAGAGCUCUUGGCUGAGAUGAUUCAGAAGGAUUGCCCUCUAAAUGCGGUGACUUUCAACGUACUUGUGAGUUUCUUCUGUCAAAAAGGGUUUGUCGAGGAAGCAAUCGAACUUGUGUAUCAAAUGAUGGAGCAUGGUUGCACCCCUAACCUGAUCACAUUUAAUACUUUACUCGAUGGGAUCACCAAGGAUUGCAACUCAGAAGAAGCGCUGGAGCUAUUGCAUGGUUUGGUCAGUAAGGGAGUAUCCCUAGAUACGAUAACCUACUCUUCAGUCGUUGAUGUCCUCUCAAGAGAAGAUAGAACUGAAGAAGCCAUUCAGAUGUUUCAUGCCGUGCAAGAUAUGGGGAUGAGACCAAAAGCUGGGAUGUAUAACAAGAUACUGUUUGCCCUCUGUAAAAGAUGUGAAACAGAUCAGGCUAUUGAAUUUUUUGCUUAUAUGGUGUCUAACGGUUGCAUGCCUAACGAGUCGACCUACAUUAUACUCAUUGAAGGUCUUGCCCAUGAGGGUCUGUUGAAGGAAGCACAAUAUGUACUGAGUGAGUUGUACACGAAAGGAGUUCUAAGCAAGAGUUUAAUUGAAGACCACCAGUAAGCAAGGUGGAAUCGGGUGGCAUGCUUUAUGUGUGUGCUUCAAGCUACAAUGAUCCAUAAAGAUGGGAUAGAUCUUUGAAGUGUGAAGACCAAGGAAAUCAAAAGGACGGUCUGGAGGAUAACACAAGCAAAUAAGAUAAAAACAUGUUCAUACUUGUAACGGCCGAAUAAAAGAUACAGGCCAAUAAAGUUUCUUAGAAACACUUCUCAGUUUCAGCAGUUUGAGACUAAAUUGUUGAAUUAUUUGACUAUACUUCUCUGUGUUUAUAAACAUUUUGGUUUGUCUUCCAUGAGCAAUGGUAUGUGCACAAUUGCUUUCCUUCCAGGGCCUUGUUAACUAUGCUUUUCUUGUACAUUCUGAAUAUCUAUUUUUAUCUAGUUUUAAUUAUGGACUACAUGGUCCUCGAUGAAUCAUGUUUCUGCCUAGGUUUCCCUGACUGAAUAUUCACAUGUCAAAAGAGUACUGCAAGUGAGGAAAAUAUAAUGUCAGCUGGAUCUAUUUUUAAUCUAUAAACAGGCUAUCUACGCGUACCAAUUUCAUCAUCAAGAAUUUGCAUAUUGGUGAAACCACAGGGCAUGUUGUGAGAUACCAUUCACAGGUUGGCUGUUGUUCGAACACCUAUACCCUUCGUUGUCUGCAGCAAAGGGCAAAGGUUCAGAGUGAACCUCAUGUUCUUUUUUUGGCUUCAAAGUUGGAACCGCAGUUCGACGGCUCAUAAGUCAUAUGAUGGUUCAUCACUUACCAGUUAUGCCCAUACUGCUCUAGUGUCUACGGUGACAUGAGUGCAUUGCAGGACUAACCGAAACUACCGUAUGUAUCCUACAAGAUUUGGUUCAGUUUGUUGCAUGUUGAUUGGUUCUAUUCAUCUAUUCAAAGCAUCAUAUGUAAGUUCACUGGCCUCUGUUUUAAAAUUAGUUCCGCAAAACCAUUUAAAUGAAGGAAAAACAGGAUGCAAGCAAGCUGGUAAUAGGAAAUCAGGAUAGACUUACAUCACAUUACAUUUUGCUGAGCUUCUACCUCGUGGUUCAUAGGAUUAUUAUGUAGCUUGUCUGCAAUGGUUCAGAGCUGGGCAAUGACAAAAAGUGUUUCUAGUCAGUAGCCUGCACAUAAACAAGCAACUCUUCCGUGUGAUCCUCAGGCAUCUUUGGAUUCAAGACCUUUACAGAAUUCUGUAGUACUUCUGUUAAGAAGAUUUUUCUCUAUGGAGGCUCCUUGCACCAAAUGAAUGAUACCACCAAAAUUCAUAUGGAGUGUUCUUUUUACAAACCCAAUCCUUUAUUAGAAUCAUAGCAAUAGGUUACAUUUCAUGCUUUGUGUUUUCUCUCUUCGGAUUCAUGUAUAGCAUCCGAAAGGCCAUGUAGGUAAAUAUUGUAGGAUUCAGGGAGCCAUGACAACCAUUUUUCUAUAAUCGGGAGCCAUCUCCUGCAGUUUUAGAAUCUUGCGUAUGCUGGCAAUGCGAUGAUCAAACUUGUUGGCUUACUGGCAUGACAAAUUACGGUUUAUAUAAGGUUAAAUACCUUUA